GAGCUUGGUCUUUGCAUCAGUCAGUCUUUCUCUCAGGCUGGCAAAUCUCUUGCCUACCUAGAUAAAUGUGUUUGAGGACUUAUCCUCUCUAAACCAUCAGUGGUUGUUUUGAGUGUUUGUAAGAGUUUGUUGGAAAUGGAGAAAAGUAGAGACACGGUGCUGGGAAUUGAGGAUGAGUCUGGUCAGCCGGUGUCUGCACUGUCCAUCCUGUCUCUUCUGGAACGUGUCUCCACUAUCAUUGAUGGUGUGCAGGCCAGCCAGCAACGAAUGGAAGAACGCCAACAUCAGCUUGAAGCAUCUGUUGCUACAGUCCAAUCAGAGCUGCUAAAACUGGUCCAGAACCAUGGUGCCACAGCAACCACUGUGGACAAGCUGCUGCAGAAGGCCCGGCGGGUGAGUGCUCAUGUGAAGGAGGUGCGUUCACGUGUGGAGAAGCAGAAUGUCCGUGUAAAGAAAGUGGAGACUACUCAAGAUGAACUUCUCACCAGGAACAAAUUCAGAGUGGUCAUCUACCAGGGUGAGGCUGAAGUUCCAUCUGUUGCUGUGACAAAAACCCCUAAGGAUGCAGGGUUAGGCAAUUUUGAAGUGGCGUCUGAUGAGUAUGAAAUCCCUGCAGACCUCUCAUCUGAUGAGGAGUAUAUGGUGGUGGAAGAAGCAGAGUCAUCAAGGGCAGCGCGACUGAGGCAGACAGGCUUGAAAGGCAUAGACAACAUCAGAGCGGCUUUCUCCAAGAAGAACAUGAAUAAGACCCGUGAUCGAACACGGGAGAACUUCAGCAAGACUAAGGAGAGCCUAGGCAAGACAGGCCAUACUUUGGGCACCAAGAUCAACACCCUGGGUGAGAAGAUCAUUCCUAUUGAGCAGCGGGAGAAGAUGCGUCAGAGUGGCGAGAGGCUGAAGGAGAACAUUGCCAAGAAAGCUCCCAGCAAAGAGUCCUUCCGCAUCAAGCUCAAGAAGGAACGCGCUGUUGCUGAGGGUCAGGAGGGUGCUGAGGCAGAGCCUGGUUUGACUACACCAAAAGGCAGGAAGACCAGCCUAGAAGUCACCUACACAGAGGUUGUUACAGAAAUCAAACGGGAAGGGCCUGUAUCUGAAGAACAAGCCAUCUGUAUCCCAGAGGAAAGAAAGAGUGGGUUGGCCAUAGAAACACCAGAGAAGUGAAGAAAAUGGUGGAGAUUGAUAGACAAGAAUGUGAGAGAGAGAAAACAUAGUGCUAAAGAAAAA